AUGUCCGAGAAAGAUCAAGCCGAGCAAGAGCUGGAGAGUACCACCAUGGCAGUCUUCGUCUUGAGGGAGAACUCGAGCCUUCUUCAACAGCCCAAAGAGAUCGGGAUCAUCAUUGAUGGUGUGGAAGUCCUCAAUGAGAUACCUUCUGUGGCAGCAGGAGUGAUGAUGCUCUUUGGACUCUGUUUUGCACUUAAUAUGGAACAUCCACAGGGGUUCAGGUUCACCUUUGAGGCUCUUCAGAAGAUCCUUAUGGAGCUUGGUUCCAACAAGAUGAGCUCCAAGAUUCGCAAACUGAAUGGAGAACUCCACACUGCACAGUAG